GUGGGGCCCCGCGGUAUGGCUGACCCGGAGGGGACGUGGUGCACACCUGGGGUCGGCUGGACCGGGGACACCGAAGCAGGGGGAGCAGGCGCCCCGGUUACAGCGACUUGUGUUCCAGCAGCUUCAUCGAUGCAGGGGCGGCUGGUUCUCGGGGGGAAGGAAGGAGACGCUCUGGGCGCGUAGGAUGUGGUGAGCACUGGCGGUGCCCAGACGUCCGGGAGGAGGUCAGAAGCCACCAGGUGCAGAGAGAGAGGUGAGGAGCCAGGACCCGGCUUCUCUGUCCUAACCGCAUGCCGGUCCAUAUGACCUUGGGUGGAACGCACAGGGCCGGGGGGGCCCAGGCCGAGCCACUAUUAUGUGUGUGCUGAUGUAGAUUAUAUCCGAGGAGAUGGGUUGUGGUCGUCACAUUCUCUGACAAGUUCAUGACCCAACCACGGUCAAGAAGCCGUGCCCUAAAGGGGGAUUUGAUGUGUCGUUUCAGGGACCUGAGAAGCACUGGCAGGGGUCUGAUGAGAUGGCAGCAUUUGCAAAGGGCCGCCUGGGAUGAGCCCCCGCACGGGGAAGCCGACAGGAGGCGCUGCGUCCUGAGCGCGGCCGGGCGCCCGGGGCCAUGGCGCUGCGCCCCGAGCCCGCGGGCGGCCGGCGCGUCGUCACCAUCAACGUGGGCGGCUGCAGGGUGCGCCUGGCCUGGGCGGCGCUGGCGCGCUGUCCCCUCGCGGAGGAGGCGGCCCAGGCGCGCGCGGGGCCGCCGGGGAGCCCGGGCCGCCGCCUUCGGGACCUGCUGGACGACCCGCGCCCGGGGCCGGCCGGCAAGCUCUUCGCCUGCGUAUCCGUCGCCUUCGUGGCCGCCACGGCCGUCGGCCUGUGCCUGAGCACCAUGCCGGACAUCCGCGCGGAGGAGGAGCGGGGCGAGUGCUCCCCCAAGUGCCGCAGCCUGUUCGUGCUGGAGACGGUGUGCGUGGCCUGGUUCUCCUUCGAGUUCCUGCUGCGCUCGCUGCGCGCCGAGAGCAAGUGCGCCUUCCUGCGGACGCCGCUCAACAUCAUCGACAUCCUGGCCAUCCUGCCCUUCUACGUGUCGCUGCUCGCGGGGCUGGCGGCGGGCGGCGCGGGCGCGGGCGCGGGCGGCGCGACAGCUGUGUCCAGGGCUCAGGGCACGUGCUGUCCCGGCCAGGGUGACAAUGGCCCCGUGGCUCUCCGCUCUGAGAGGCUCUCUGCUCGGAGACUCCUCCGAGGGACACGGCACUCUCUCCGUGCCAUGCCCUGCUCGUCAGUGGAGCCGCAGGAAGAGGCCGCAGAGCUGCCCCUCUGCCCAGCAGAAGGGAAGCCACGUGGAAGCAUCCAGAACACAGGCUCUGGGGGCCUGGGAGCUUGCCCAGGGCUGCUGGGCACGGCUGAGAUGCUCAUGUGA